UAUGCAUGUAAAAAGGAGGGUGCACUGUGCUUAUAGCGGCACACAGAAGCUGAGAAUCGCCUAAACAGCAAUCACCUAAAUCUUAAUGGCCACGCUUUCUGCUUGUGCUUCACCACCUUGGCUAAACCCUAACCCUAAUCCCAAUUCGAAUCCCGGCCCCAAUUGUCUCCCAGAUCAAUCUCAAACCCUCGACUUCGAUUCCCUAAUGGCCUCUCAAUCUCAAUUACCGCCUCAUCACGCUCCCACUGUUGCUUCGCCGGGAUCUUCUUCUCCCAACGCGGCUCCGGCGGAACUGCCGUCUCUCCUCCAUGUAUCUUUCAACCAGGACCACGCCUGCUUCGCUGCCGCUACUGAGAAUGGCUUCCGCAUCUACAAUUGUGACCCCUUUCGUGAGCUCUUCCGACGCGAGUUCGACGGCGGCGGGAUCGGUCACGUGGAGAUGCUCUUCCGGUGCAACAUCCUUGCCCUCGUCGGCGGCGGGUCCCACCCUCAGUACCCCCCGAACAAGGUCAUGAUCUGGGACGAUCACCAGGGGAGGUGCAUCGGCGAGCUCUCGUUCCGCGCUCCCGUGCGAGGCGUCCGGCUCCGCCGAGACAGGAUAGUGGUGGUGGUGGAACAGAAGAUAUUUGUGUACAACUUCGCGGACCUGAAGCUGCUGCAUCAGAUCGAGACCGUCGCGAACCCUAAGGGUCUCUGCGCGAUUUCUCAUUCGUCGGAUUAUCUGGUGCUGGCGUGCCCGGGGCUGAUGAAGGGCCAGAUUCGCGUGGAGCACUACGCGCAGAAGAAGACUAAGUUCAUUUCGGCGCAUGACUCGAGGAUUGCUUGCUUCGAUCUCACGCUUGAUGGGCAGUUAAUCGCCACUGCCAGCUGCAAGGGAACUCUGAUUCGGAUUUUUGACACAGAUAGUGGCACGCUCCUUCAGGAAGUAAGAAGGGGUGCAAAUGUGGCUGAGAUCUUUAGUUUGGCAUUCUCUUCCACUGCUCAGUGGCUAGCAGUCUCAAGUGACAAGGGUACUGUCCACGUUUUCAGCCUUAAGGUUAAUUCCAAUGUCCCUGAUGAUGAAAAUUCACAUCGUUCUUCCAGUUCAGAUGCUGCUAUUACCCCAUCUAGCCCAUCUAGUUCAUCUCGGUCAUUCAUUAAAUUUAAAGGAGUUUUGCCUAAGUAUUUCAGUUCAGAGUGGUCAGUUGCCAAGUUUCACUUAAAUGAGGGCUCUCAUUACACUGUUGCAUUUGGUCUCCAAAAGAAUACAGUGGUAAUUCUUGGUAUGGAUGGAAGCUUCUAUCGAUGUCAGUUUGAUCCAGGGCAUGGUGGAGAGAUGACCCAGCUUGAAUACCAUAACUUUUUAAAGCCAGAACCAGAAAUAGCCUCGUGAGACCCUGUAGAGUUUGGUGUUUCAAGCCUUUUCGUUAGGGUUGCACCGUUGCAGUAAUAUGCACCUUGCGGAUUAAUAGUAAUAGUAUAGCUGACUGAAGUAACACUGAGCCCGUUAAUCCGUUAUAAAUAGUAAUACACGGUCUAUCUUGUUACUUCCAUCUCUGAUAUUGUAAUUAUAAUAUUCUAUGUAUAUAUAUAGUUUAUUAAUUUUUUAAUAAUAUAUGUUGACUGCUGUGGUAAAGCCAAAUUUUUUAUCCUUA